CUGGAUUUCGUACCACAUGGCAGGACUGCACGAGAGUCGACAGUGUAAUGAAGGAACAGAUUAACGUCUUAGCCAAACCGUAGAUAUAUAUAUUGCUGAGUAGUGCGUUGGCGAAAUAGACAAGUUAUUCAAAAUGUCGCAGUUACAAGCGAGGUUCUUCACAGACAACAAAAGGUACGUUGUAGAUGAUGUCCCGUUUUCCAUCCCUGCUGUCUCUGAAGUGCAGGACCUCAGCAACGUCAUCAACAAGCUGCUGGAGGCGAGAAAUGCAUCUCACAGCAAAGUGGAGUUCGACUUCCUGGUCAGGGGUCAGUUCCUGCGAACGUCGCUGUCCACUCACAUGGAAACAGAAGGCAUAUCAACGGAAGACGUGGUGGAGAUCGAGUAUGUCGAGCGGAUCACGGCACCAGAGCCCGAGGAGUGCAUGAUGCACGAUGACUGGAUUAGCUCCGUGGAUGCAGAUGCUGAAUGGAUCCUAACGGGGUCAUAUGACAAGACAGCCAGGAUCUGGUCUUUGGAGGGCAAGGCGGUGAUGACAGUGGCCGGACACGUGGAUGUUGUGAAAGACGUAGCCUGGGUCAAAAGAGACGGUCUGACCUCUCUGCUGCUGACGGCUUCUCUGGACCAGACCGUCCUACUGUGGGAGUGGAACUCCAAGAGGAACAAGGUGAAAGCCAGACACUGCUGCCGGGGACACACGGGGAGCGUCGACACUGUUGCAACAAACCCCACUGGCUCAAAGUUCUGCAGCGGCUCCUGGGACAAAAUGUUGAAGAUCUGGUCAGCAGUGCCCUCCGACGAGGCAGACGUGGUCGAAGAACCCGCCGACAGGCCGAGGAAGAAGCAGAAGACUCAACAGCUCGGCCUCACCAGGACCCCCCUCAUGACGUUAUCGGGACACAACGAGGCGGUCUCCUCUGUCCUGUGGUGCAACAGCGAGGAAGUUUUCAGUGCAUCAUGGGACCACACCAUCCGCGUGUGGGACGUGGAGACGGGAGGGAUGAAGACUACGCUGACGGGCAGCAAAGUGUUUAACUGCAUUUCCUACUCGCCUCUGUGUCGGCGACUGGCCUCCGGCAGCACCGACCGACACAUCCGGCUGUGGGACCCUCGCACCAAAGACGGGUCGCUGGUGCUGCUGUCCCUGACCUCCCACACCGGCUGGGUGACCGCCGUGAAGUGGGCGCCGUCACAUGAGCACCAGCUGGUCUCCGGUUCCCUUGACAACAUGGUCAAACUGUGGGACACCCGCAGCUGUACGGCUCCUCUGUACGACCUGGCGGCCCACGAGGACAAAGUGUUUUGUGUGGACUGGACAGAAAGCGGGCUGAUGUUGAGUGGCGGUGCAGAUAACAAGCUGUACACCUACAAUUACUCGGUCUGUCCGACGGAUGCUGGAGCCUAGACGGACAAUAAAGAAUGAUGGACAUUGUCAGUGUUGUGACAGGCGGACAAAAGCAGCAGUGACUUGGGAGUUUUGUACAGCGCAAAACAUUUCUUGCUUUGUUCUUUACCGUCUGGUUAUUUUUUAGGCUCUCAAAUUUUACACAUUUUCUUAUGGAUUGUUUUUGUCUUCCUGUUACCCAAGAAAACUAUAAAUUAAUGUUGUACCUUCUAUUCAUGUCAUUCAUUAAUGCUUGAUUUGUGAUAUUUUAAUGAUAUUUUAAGAAUAGCAAGAAAAGCAACAGUGAUCCAAAAAAAAUGACCACAUAUACUAUAUUAAAGUAUUGUAGUAAUUUGUCAUUGGUUUUUUCUUGAGUUUAGCUUCAUGGACUAUUGAUGUAAGUGUACGUCAGUAAAUAUACCAAUGUAUUGGGGACAUUACUCAUGAAAUAUUGAUUGUUUAUGUCUGAUAUAUUUACAGUAGUACAUUAUCACCGCCCUUGUGUUUUUGUCGUAAAAAACGACCGUUUCCCUCACUGGUUAGAAAGAGGAUGUAACAAGAAGAGGUGUCACUCGGGUUGUUUUUAUUUUACUACAAUCAUGAAGUGAGGAGACCCUUUCAAUAAAAAAACAACGAAUAUGGCGA